GAAACAAAUUUGUAUUAUUUUCAUCAAGAACCGUUGUAUCAUAAAUUUCCCGCGUACCAAAAAGACGAAAACGAGAAGACAAUUUUAAGUCAUUGACAGUAGAUGAGUUGUUCCAAUGGCGGAGUCUUCCACCUUUCAUAUAAUGUCUUCUUCGUUUCUUCCUCGUCCGCUCCAUGGAAUCUGCCGUCUCUUCGCUCCUCCCAGAUUAUAUCAAAGUCUCCUCUUCUCUCUCUCUCUAUCUCUCUCUCCAUCCAACUCCAACUAGAACAACAUGAUGAGCUCUCCCAGAGGAAUCCCCCUUCAGGAACCAUAUAUCCGUACCAGAGAGAAUCCAUACUUUGAUGGUCUAUUAAGAGAUGAUAAUGCCUCAAGGGAUCAGAGUUCUACCUUGGGCUUUCAAGGAAACGAUGAAAGCCGGAAUAUUUCUCGGACCACAUCUGAUAUUAGUGAUUCAAGAAGUAAAAGUUUUGUUCAAGAUAUAUCUGAUAAGUCCAUGGAAUCGAUGGAUGACUCAUUCUCAGAUGUUGUUCUGAAUCCCAUAGGGCAGUCUACAUUUAGGAGGUUGUCAAAGAUUGCUAAAGCAACUUCAUUCGGAUUCCCAAAUAUUCAAGCUGAUUUGAGGUUAGAGUUAGGUGAUACAUGUAAGUCAAUGGAAGAAUAUAGCCCAAAAGCCUCUGAAGCAACUGAAGAGUGUCAUAUUUUAUCUACACUAUCGAGACCUAUAAUAGAAAAAUCCUAUAGCCUGAACCAAAGGAAACAAAACCUGUUAAUGAUACCACUUCCUCAGUCUGCGGCAUUCUUUUAUAAUGUAUUGUCCCCCCUAGUUGAAAUUGUGGAAUCAUCUGAAAGCAUUAAUAGGCUGAAUUUGUACUUAAAAGCCAGAAGAGAUGAUGUAAGUGCUGGUGUUCCUGGAAGAUUCUUGCAUGCUGUCAUUGGGCAAUAUGUCUCUGAUGUUGGAUCCAUUGCUUCAACCAUCAUGUAUGCCUUCUAUUUGAAUGAAACUCUUGAAAGUGACCAGUUAUGCAGUGUACCUGUUAUCAAUAUGAAAAGGGCAGACCUAAGCUCUCAUUCUGAACUGAAAUGGUUGCUGGAUUCAUGCCAAAUUGAUGAGUCAUCUCUAAUUUUUGUAGAUGAGAUUGACCUGUCAUAUUAUGAUCUGUUUGGGAGUCUUAGGCUGGUUCUGCUAAAUGGGCACAAGCUCCCAGCCAAACAAGAGGCAUUAAAGGGAGCAGUAGUUGAAAUUUUCAAUUGCAGAAAGGGUGAAUCUGUGUAUCCUGGGGUUGAGAAUGCUACUGUGGGGCAGCCUAUUGCAUAUGUACAGGACUCUUGCUGCACCCUCAUUGCCGAAAAGUUUGCUCUGACUUCUCCGGAGAUUUUGGCUGCACAAGGAUUCAGUAGACUUUUGUUGGCAGGCAUCCUCUUGGACACUGGAAACCUCACUGGUCCACAUUGUACAACUAAAGACAAAUACAUGGCUACAUUGUUGGUCAAUGGUGCUGGUCGCUUUGGAUGCAAUGGUCUUUACCAACUAUUGAGAUACAAAAUGUGUGAUGUCUCUGAUCUCACAGUAGUUGACAUAUUGCGGAAGGAUUUUAAGAAGUGGACAAGAGUAGGCAAGGUAGAUAGUGUUGGUUCAAGAUCAGUGAUGUCAUAUAUUGGGAUGAGUUCUAUUGGCAUAUCAAUUGAGCAACUUCUUGCUCAUGACGCUACUUCAACUGAAGAAAUCAAAUAUUUCCAGCAGUUGGAGAAACUUCAGCUACUCAUGAUUGUAUCUGGGUAUUAUGAUUCACAGAAGAACUUCAAGAGAGAGAUAUUGGUCACUGCUGAAUCUGUGGAGCUUAUGAAGAAUCUACUCAUGUUCUUAAAUUCAAAGGCCUCACACUUACCACUCAAAGUUCUCCAUGACCCAGGUCUCAAAGAUGACAUGAAGGUAUUUGAGAUUGACAAGAUCACAUCAAGAAAGACCAUCGAGCGUCUCUUAGAAGAAUUUGGUGGAGCAUCAAAAGGCUAAUGUUAAGUUAACACGCAAAUAAUGGUGCAGAAACAAGUAAAUUUAGCGAGGAAUAUAGCCAACCAUGAUUGAAGAGUUUUGUAAGAGAUAUCACUGGCUAUGUGUGAUUAAAAGCAAGUUUUUUUUUUUUUUUGUUCAGACUUGUAUUCUUCAAAUUUAAUUUUCGAGCUUAUUUUCCUUAUCUAAGAUGCAUCAAAAGCCUAAGAAACUGCAUUCUUGCUGUUAGAUAAGCGUGUUUUUUAAGUGAUUGAAUUA